AUGAUCAAAAAUAAUCAAUUGGUACAUUUACUUCAAAUUUGUAAACUUCAAUGUGGAAUUAACAAAGGAUCUAAUGCAGGAAAAAGAACAGGAAAAAAUGAAUUUAAUGGAAAAAAAAGUCAGGAGAGGUCAAAACUAUCACAUAAUAUUACGAAUCUUAAGCAUGAGGCCAAAUACUGCACUGAACUUCUCUUACGACAAAAAAGGGCAUGUAAUGCGAAAGGUGCUUUAGAGUUCAUCAGAUCAAUGUCGCAGGACAAGACUAUUUCAUUUCGUGAUCCUACAGACAAUGUUUUAAUGAAAUUGACACAAGAUGCAAC